AAAGAACUCUAUAAAACCUCAUUGAGAAGAUGAUUGAGAAACCAUAGUUGGAAAAUCAAAAAGGAGAGGAGCUCUUGCAUUCUUCAGUGUUUGUUCAAAAUGGAUCCAAGGAAGAAGGGUCUGAUCUUGGAGCUUUUGGGGCUUGUGUUGUUGGGACUCUUGUCCCUGUGUUUGGGCCGGGAAACCUACCAUUUUAACUGGAAUAUCACUUUAUCUUCAUACACAAGACUGAAUAGCACCAAAGAAAUAUUGACAGUGAAUGGGCUAUUUCCUGGACCAGCUUUGCAUGUCCGAAAAGGAGAUAGAGUGUUUAUCAAUGUUGUCAACCAUGGAAACUAUAAUAUCACCCUUCACUGGCAUGGAGUGAAACAGCCGAGGAAUCCAUGGUCAGAUGGUCCAGAGUACAUAACACAGUGCCCUAUCCAAGUUGGGGCGAACUUCACAUAUGAGAUCAACUUGAGCACAGAGGAAGGAACCAUUUGGUGGCAUGCCCACAGCGACUGGUCAAGAGCCACAGUCCAUGGCCCCAUUUUCAUUUACCCCAAGCGUGGAGAGUCCUACCCUUUCACUAAGCCUUACUCUCAAAUCCCCAUUAUUAUUGGAAACUGGUACAAAGGAGACGUGAUGGAGAUAAUUGAAGAAGCCCUUGAAGGUGGAGGAGAACCAAACACCUCAGAUGCUCAUACCAUAAAUGGUCAACCAGGAGAUCUCUUUCCAAGCUCCAAAGCAGGAACUUUUAAGAUGGUGGUGCGAAAAGGCAAAACCUAUCUUCUUCGCAUCAUCAAUGCAGGAAUGAAUGAGGAAAUGUUCUUCGGUGUAGCUAAUCAUACACUGACAGUGGUUGGAUCAGAUGGAGGUUACAUUAAGCCCAUAAAAACAGAUUAUAUAAUGAUAACCCCAGGCCAAACCAUGGAUUGCCUCUUGAAAGCUGACAAAACCCAUAGUCACUAUUACAUGGCAGCUAAAGCUUAUUCGGGUGGACAGGGUGUUGCCUAUGAUAACUCCACAACCACAGCAAUCAUAAAAUACAAUGGCACUUAUACCCCUCCAACAACUCCCUAUCUCCCAACCCUCCCAGAGUAUAAUGACACAGAUGCAGCAGUCAACUACACUAGUCGACUUAGAAGCUUAGCCAGUACAGAACACCCAGUUGAUGUCCCUCAAACUGUGGAUAUCAAAAUAUACACAACUAUCUCUGUGAACACAUUGCCUUGUGAGGGCGAUAACACCUGUGAUGGACCUGAUGGGACAAAACUGUCUAGUAGCUUGAACAACAUUAGUUUUGAAGAACCAACAAUUGACAUACUUCAGGCUUAUUAUAAGAAGAUCAAGAAGGUUUAUAAAACUAAUUUUCCUGAUGAACCACCUUACUAUUUUAAUUUCACAGCAGAUGAGAUACCAUCUAAUCUCUCAACACCGAAGGUGGAUACUAGGGUGAAGAUGAUAGAUUUCAACUCAACAGUGGAGAUUGUGUUCCAAGGGACUAACUUGAAUUCAGGGGAAAGCCAUCCAAUGCAUCUUCAUGGGUAUAGCUUUUAUUGGGUUGGAUGGGGUUUUGGAAACUUUAACAAGACCACAGAUCCCCUAAACUAUAACUUGGUUGAUCCCCCUGAAAUCAAUACAGUUGCAGUCCCUAAGAAUGGAUGGGCUGCUAUCAGAUUCCGAGCUGACAACCCUGGAGUGUGGUUCAUGCAUUGUCAUUUGGAGCGACAUGCAAGCUGGGGUAUGAAUACAGUCUUAAUAGUGAAGAAUGGUAAAACCAGACCAACUAGUAUGAGAAGAAAACCUCGACAUGUGCCUCCCUGCACAUUAGAGGAAGCAGUCGGCAAGCACAACGUCACUAUUGUUUCACGUUAUCCCCAAACGGAUCGGAUCCAACGGGUGCCCCAAGAAAGCUUCAAAGUCAGCCAAGCACAGGACACUUGCACACGAUUAUGUACACCUCACCUCACCUGUAAGGAUUCCGACAAGAAGGUCGAUACCGCGGCGGUCAUCCAUCCAGACGCUGUGAUCCGUCCAGAUGGUGUCAUUCACGGGAUCGAACGGCUGUUAAUCCCCCGAUCUGUCCAAGAAGACUUCAACCGCCGUAGAAACCUCCGUCAAAUUACAGCAGUUAAGCCCGAAGGAGCACCAGAGGUUGACCCUGGAACACACCGGCUCAAGAAACAAGCACCGCCGGUGCCUGCAGGUGCGCCAUCUGUGCUGCCGAUCUAUGACGCAAUGGCUCCGGGGCCGUGGAAAAAGCCAAAAAAGGAGAGAUCUUGCAUUCUUCAGUGUUUGAUCAAAAUGGAUCCAAGGAAGAAGGGUUUGAUGUUGGAGCUUUUGGGGCUUGUGUUGUUGGCACUCUUCUACCUGUGUUUGGGCCGGGAAACCUACCAUUUUAACUGGAAUAUCACUAAAACGUCAUACACAAGACUGAAUAGCACCAAAGAAAUAUUGACAGUGAAUGGGCUAUUUCCUGGACCAACUUUGCAUGUCCGAAGAGGAGAUAGAGUGUUUAUCAAUGUUGUCAACCAUGGAAACUAUAAUAUCACGCUUCACUGGCAUGGAGUGAAACAGCCGAGGAAUCCAUGGUCAGAUGGUCCAGAGUACAUAACACAGUGCCCUAUCCAAGUUGGGGCGAACUUCACAUAUGAGGUCAACUUGAGCACAGAGGAAGGAACCAUGUGGUGGCAUGCCCACAGUGACUGGUCAAGAGCCACAGUCCAUGGCCCCAUUUUCAUUUACCCCAAGCGUGGAGAGUCCUACCCUUUCACUAAGCCUUACUCUCAAGUCCCCAUUAUUAUUGGAAACUGGUACAAAGGAGACGUGAUGGAGAUAAUUGAAGAAGCCCUUGAAGGUGGAGGAGAACCAAACACCUCAGAUGCUCAUACCAUAAAUGGUCAACCAGGAGAUCUCUUUCCAAGCUCCAAAGCAGGAACUUUUAAGAUGGUGGUACAGGAAGGCAAAACCUAUCUUCUUCGCAUCAUUAAUGCAGCGAUGAAUGAAGAAAUGUUCUUCGGUGUAGCUAACCAUUCUCUUACAGUGGUUGGAUCAGAUGGAGGUUACAUUAAACCCAUAAAAACAGAUUAUAUAAUGAUAACCCCAGGCCAAACCAUGGAUUGCCUCUUGAAAGCUGACCAAACCCUUAGUCACUCUUAUUACAUGGCUGCCAAAGCUUAUUCGGGUGCAAAAGGUGUUGCCUAUGAUAACUCCACAACCACAGCAAUCAUAAAAUACAUGAAAGAUGGCACUAAUUACACCCCUCCAUCAACAACUCCCUUUCUCCUCCCAACCCUGCCCCAGUAUAAUGAUACAGAUGCAGCAAUCAACUACUCUAGUCGACUUAGAAGCUUAGCCAGUACAGAACACCCAAUUGAUGUCCCUCAGACUUUCGAUAUCAGAAUAUACACAACUCUCUCUGUGAACACAUUGCCUUGUGGGGGUAAUAAAACCUGUGAUGGAGCUAAUGGGAACCGAUUCGCUACAAGCAUGAGCAACAUUAGUUUUAAAAACCCAUCAUCAAUUGACAUACUUGAUGCAUAUUAUGAGCAGAUGAUGAAAGGGGUUUAUGAAACAGAUUUUCCUGAUGAACCAGCUAAGUAUUUCAACUUCACAGCAGACCAGUUUGAAUCUAAUCUUUUAACACCGACGGUGGAUACUAAGGUGAAGAUGAUAGACUUCAACUCAACAGUAGAGAUUGUGUUCCAAGGGACUAACUUGUUUGCAGGGGAAAACCAGCCAAUGCACGUUCAUGGGUAUAGCUUUUAUUGGGUUGGAUGGGGUUUUGGAAACUUUAACAAGACUACAGAUCCCCUAAACUAUAACUUGGUUGAUCCCCCUGAAAUCAAUACAGUUGGAGUCCCUAAGAAUGGAUGGGCUGCCAUCAGAUUCCGAGCAGACAACCCUGGAGUGUGGUUCAUGCAUUGUCAUUUGGAGCGUCACUCAAGCUUGGGUAUGAGCACAGUAUUAAUAGUGAAGAAUGGUAAAACCAGAGCAACAAGUAUGAGAAGGAAACCUCGACAUGUGAGGCCUCCCUGCUGAUGAGAUUUUAUCAUUUCAUUUAAGAGGUAGGU